AGAACCAGAAGACAGGAUCCGAAGCCGAAUGAAGCUCUUGCCCCGUCAGUGUUUAGUUUUAAGGUGGGUAGUACUUUCAUAAGGGUAGAGCGCAAUACCAUUACGCAUAAAAAAGGGAGUCCAUCGAGUUGUGUGUAAUCAAUGAUAACUGCGUAAAUCGCAGUUUAUUUCGGAUUUUGUUCUUGCGCGCGUGAAGAAUGACGGCUGAAGUGCAGCAGCCCUCCGUGCAGACUCCUGCCCACAGCAGCCCCAUGUCGGAGAAACCCCACGGACAGACGCCUGUGAUGGAAACCUCGUCUUCCUCCACCAACGCCAAAACCAAAAAGACGAAUGCUGGAAUUCGCCGCCCGGAAAAGCCUCCGUACUCCUAUAUUGCGCUCAUUGUAAUGGCCAUCCAGAGCUCUCCAACUAAACGACUGACGCUAAGCGAAAUUUACCAGUUUCUUCAGAGCCGCUUCCCGUUUUUCCGAGGUUCGUAUCAAGGUUGGAAAAACUCCGUACGUCACAAUUUGUCUCUAAACGAGUGCUUCAUUAAGUUACCGAAAGGUUUGGGCAGACCUGGAAAGGGUCACUACUGGACCAUUGACCCCGCCAGUGAGUUUAUGUUUGAGGAGGGAUCUUUCCGCAGGAGGCCGCGGGGAUUCAGGCGCAAAUGUCAGGCGCUCAAACCCUCCAUGUACAGCAUGAUGAACGGACUGGGAUUUAAUCACAUACCCGAGUCCUACAACUUUCAGGGGGGCGGCGCAGGCCUGUCUUGUCCUCCAAACAGUUUAUCUUUGGAGAGUGGAAUUGGAAUGAUGAAUGGACAUUUGGCCAGCAAUAUGGAAGGAAUGGGCUUGGCAGGACACUCCAUGUCACAUCUGUCAACGAACAGUGGACAUUCCUACAUGGGGAGUUGCACAGGAUCCUCGGGGAGCGAGUACCCCCACCACGACAGCUCUGCAUCGCCGCUUCUCGCCAGCGGGGGAGUUAUGGAGCCCCAUCCCGUGUACUCCAGCACUGCCUCGACCUGGCCACCGACGCCCUCCACCUCUCUUAACAACGGCGGGUCUUAUAUUAAACAGCAGCCGCUUUCUCCGUGCAACCCCGGUGGAAACCCACUGCAACCCAGUUUACCCACUCACUCAUUGGAACAGUCCUACCUGCACCACAACGGUCAUGGUACCACCGACCUUCAAGGUAUUCAGCGCUAUCAUUCCCAGUCUCCGAGCAUGUGUGACAGAAAGGAGUUUGUCUUCUCUUUUAACGCCAUGACCUCUUCAGCGAUGCAUUCACCAGGGAGCAGCGCGUACUACCACCAUCAGCAGGUCUCCUAUCAGGAUAUCAAACCCUGUGUGAUGUGACAGCAUUGUUACAUGCAGUACUCUGCUCAAGCACGCUCUAACAAUGAGCAAUAACAAAACCGUGGAGUGCUCUGUACGUGGGCUCCUGUGGAAAGGGACAUGGAUUAAAAAAAAAAAAUGCUGUAAAUUACUAUUCAAAAGCUGACAAUGGAAGAAUUAUUUUCAAAAAUGACAAACAUAGAGGAGCACUCCAGGAGGCCGGCUAGGUACUUCCAGAAAAGGCUAGGUGGAAAAACUACAGCCUCAAAUCUCUGCGAUGAGAAAAUCAAGGCCAGAGCAUCUGAUUUCCAACAGCUCGGUACUAAACUCUACUGGCGGAUGACCACCGCUCUGUGAGAUGCGAAGAUGAUUUUAUUCAUGAUGAGAUAUUCAUGCAUUGUUGUUCACGAGGAGUUUUUUAAUGAAACAUUUCAUUUCGCUAUAAGUUGGUAAAUACCAAAGUAAAAACGGGAAAUGAAGGCACUUUUAAACCCUAAUGCGCAACUUAUUUAUUCUGUUGUCUAAUUGUUAUCCUUUAGGCUACAGUUAUAGCCACAGUAUUGAUCGCAUUAUUGGCAAUAUUUGCCCAAUGUAACAUGAAGAAUUAUUAUAAGCACUGUUAGUUAUUUUGAUUGUGUUUACUUAGUUGUACAUAUCCAUAUUGACACGUCUUAUUCAUCAAGCACUGUAUAAACUGUAUAUGGGUAGGAAAUAUCUAAUAGUAGUUUUUUUUCUGUUCCAAUGGCUUUAAAUAUUAUGUAACACGUUUACGAAAAUUAAAAAGUAACAUGGCA